UAAUGGAAUCGUCCUACUCCAAUUUGGACAAUGUUGCUAAUAGUUUAAGCGACGCUGACAUCGUGUGGCAAGACCACUCGUAUGCGUCUUUGAGUCAUAUGCAAUCGCCAGGUUCUAAUACUCAAAACACCGUUGGCUUGCAGACUGCGAAACAGGAGAGCUCCAGUAACCUGAUACACUCCGAAGCAAGCUCGGACCAACAAAUUCCAGAAGAGCUAAAAAUUUUGCCAUUCAAGUCCAGAAAAAGUAAGGCCCCUUCAUCUAUCAUAAUUGAGAGAUGCGUGAAACCGGAAUUACCUCAAGGUCAAAGAAAUCAUUUUAAAGAUUUGAAUGAACUAGAAACAAAAAAAUUGAACUCUGAUCUGCUACCCUCCCAAAAAGCGGAUGCCAACACUGACAAAGUUGAGAGAGCAAAGCAUAUUUUGCACACAUCAUAUUUUUCUACCAGUUCUGGAUACGAAGAAUUAGAUAUUGUAAGUUGCAAUGAUGAUUGCAAUAGAAGUCCCGAAAAUGAAGCUUUCUCGUUUGACAAAGAAAAACUGCGGACGAGUCUUUGUGAAUUGGAGCGGUCUGUUCGGUUCAUCCGGAAAUCAGACCCAGGAGUAAUGUGGGAAUCAAAAGUCGAUAAAUCAUCAUGGAAUAACGAACAAAUGACAUUUUUCAAAAAAGUGCUCAGUUUGCUAGCUACGGAUACCCUGAAGCGUCUUGUGUAUCAAAUUGAUAAUGAUUUCGCUUCCAUCCAUACCCUCAACAUCAUCAGAUACUCCUCUCAGUCUUUCAGAGACAUCCUCGCAGGAUUUUGUUUCUGGGAUUUGGAUUUGAUAGAUUGGAUGCAUUGUAUUUUGUGUAAUCAUUUGAGCAACCAAUUGCUUGUAGUGUAUCUCCAAUUGCUACAAAAUCUUAAGCUAGACAUACCCAGUCUCAUUCAAGGAAUAAUUGAAAGGAACAAGUUCAAAAUCAGCACGUUAACGUCCGAUUUCUGGAUGUGCUUAAAUCGGAGACUUGUUGAUCCUGCUGUAAACAAUGCUCUGUCGCAAAGCCAUGAAGACAAUCGCAAGAAGAAUAACAUUGAAAGUACUCAAGUCAUUGUCAUUCCUAAUCUAGCUGCUAUGGAUCGAACUACUCACCAGAAACAUUCUCUAAAACGAUUCAGGUCCUAUGUCAGUCAAAUGACAUCGCUUGGAAAAGUAACUGCGGUUAAUGUUCAGACAGGAUCAGAUUUGACGUCGACACCGGAGAACUACCUAUCCCGUACUUUGUCUUCGGUCCACACAAAACUUGACGAAAUGAAGCAUACAAAGCAGGUUAAAUCUGUGGUUCUCGUUGGCUUUGGACUUGGGUCGCUGGUUUGUGCAAUGGUAGCUGCUGAGGCAUCUUACAGAAUUUCAGCUUUUGUUUGCAUCGGCUUGCCACUCAGAUCUAUAAAUGGACAACAUACUUCAGUGGAAGACUAUAUGGCUCAUGUGACAUGUCCAGUACUUUUUGUUAUCGGAGAAAUGUCCAAAUUGUGUUUGUUAGAUGAUUUGGAAGAUUUGCGGCUAAAUAUGCGUUGCAAACUGUCUUCAGUUGUUGUCGUGGAUGGAUGUAACGAUAACCUACUCAUAGGACAGAAGAAAGCAUUUGAACAAAAAGUAACGCAAUCAAUGUUGGAUAAAUAUAUUUGCUCGGAGAUCAACGCGUUUGUUACUAAAACACUUAAAAAAGAACUUUCCGUUGUAGUUUCAAGGACUCCAACUACAACGGAAACAGCUGCGUUGCAAACGGCGUGCGACAAAUCGCAGGCGUCAAAUAAAUCGAACGCUUCUAGAAUGACAUCUAAGAUGUCAUACGAAGCGUCGGAGAAGCUGCAACGUGUAGCUGAGCGUCAUCGAAAGCAGCAACAGGCUCAACAAGAUGAUGAGUCAAACGCAGCAGCUAAUAUGCUAGAAAAUAUUCUGGAAUCGGGCGGUAAUACUAGCGCAGCUGUACCAUUUGCAAGUAAUGUUAAUAGCAAUUGUUCUAGUCGUGAAAAUUCGCCAUCGAGGUUGGCAAAUCUGAAAAAGAGACGGUUACCCGAUGAAGAUACAGACAUAGAAACUUCAGAAGAAGACAGUAGUGAUUCGGGGGAUUCGUUUGCUUCCUCUAAUUAUGCAGACAUGCGAAGAAUAGGCGAAACCAUGAUAACAUCCAAACUGAAUAUGCAAUAUUUUUCGCAUAACGGAAAAUUUAAAUCCAAUAAAACUAAAGGACCUCGUCAAAAACAGAUUCAAAGCAAAAAAUCUAUACUUUCUCUUCCAUGUAAAGGCAGUGUGUUGCCUAAAAACAAAAAGAAUCCGUUCAAAUCAUUAUCAUACUCUCAAGACAUAGCAUCGGGUUCCUUCUAAUUGAUUGUUUUUGAGAUUAAUUUUGUAGAAAUAUAAUUAGUAUAAUUA